UGAAUUCUGGUGGGACUUUGAGACCGGAGGAAUCCUCGCAAUUUUUACAAGCGUAUGCCCUAUUGCAUUAUCAUCUGGUUAAUUCCGAACAAAAUCACAACCCACCCGACGGAAAUCGUCUGGAAAUUUACCCAGCAAAUCCUGGAACAGAGCUUCAUCAACCGACUUCCUUCUCAGCAAGUGACCUUCUCUACGUCAUGCAAACUUUGACGAGGCCAAUAGAGGCAGAGCCUGACUCGCAACCCGAGUAUCCUGACUUCCGUCCACCCCAGCCAGAAGCAAUUGGAUAUCGGACCAUGCCAUACUUCGGAUUAUGUAGAAAAAUUGGGGUAAAUGCGGUGGAUGAGAUGAUCCGAGGCCGAAUCCUAGACCUCAGAUGGACCCGAUGCGUUAACCCAGACGUUGGGGAUCAUCCUGGAGAAAGGAAUGCAGUCAUGCCGGCGGUACUUCCUACUAGUCCAGUGAUGAGAUGCGCCAUGAAGAAAGUGAUAGAUGAGUACCUUUCAAAAUGAUUGUGAUGAUCCAUAUUCUUAAUAUGGGUAUGAAGGGUCUUCAAACCACCUAAUCAUGUAACAAGACUGUCUAUUUAAAAAAUAAUGUCAGCGCUAUUUGUAAUGUAAAAGCAAUCAUCAU